AUAUAUAUCGUGCGUGUUUAUGACAAGUUAAAAACAUGGCUGCUGCGUGAGAAAAUAAAUUGAUUGGAUUGCGUGUUGUAAACAAAAAUAUUGCCACUUGGUUUGUCACGGUGGUUUAGCGUUUCGCGACCGCACGAGUCGCGUUGCUGCACGAAGAACAUUUCGAAUGGCACACGUUUGAUCGAAAAACGGCGAAAAACUUCCGGAAAUAAAACGCGCGAAUAUCACACGGGCAACAGCACGGAUUCUGUGCCUUCCACAGAUUUAUUUCUAAAUCGCGUUUUCUUCGCUCGUUAUCUGAAGAAGCUUUCGUAUCGGUGCAGAUGAUGCAGGUGAAUUGUCAAGGAUGUGUAGUUGGGAAAGUUCUGAGAAGUAGAAUGUGAAGAGUGGCGCAGAGAAACUUUAUCAUUCCCAAGGACAUUGUUUUCUAAUCCAAAUCAUCCAUGGAUAUUGCAGAUUUUGAUAUGAUUGUGCGCCAUCCAAAAGUCAUCGUCCACUUGGAUGUUGACUGUUUCUAUGCACAAGUAGAGAUGCUCAGACAUCCGGAGUUUGAAGGAAAACCUUUGGGUGUACAGCAGAAAAAUAUAGUAGUCACUAGCAAUUAUCUGGCCAGAGAAUAUGGGAUAAAGAAAUGUAUGCCUGUGAGGGAAGCUUUGAACUUGUGUCCCAAGCUGGUUUUGAUAAAUGGUGAAGAUUUAACAAACUAUAGACAUUAUUCCAAUAAAAUAUUUGAAAUUCUGCAUCAGUUUACACCAUUGGUAGAAAGAUUGGGUUUUGAUGAUAAUUACCUUGAUGUAACAUCACUAGUGGAGAAGCACAUGAAGUCGCAAAAUGAUUCAGAACUUGAAAUGAGUAGUUUGAGUACAGAAAAGGAUUUGAAACAACCAAUUCAUGAAAUAUUUGGUCCAUAUGAAGAGGAAUGUCCAUGUGGCUGCCACAUUCGCUUGAUGAUGGGCUCUAAGAUAGCUUUUGAGAUUAGAUCGCGUAUUUACAAGGAAUUACAUCUUACUUGCAGCGCUGGAAUAGCACAUAACAAGCUUCUGGCUAAAUUAGCAGGAUCUGUAAACAAACCAAAUCAACAGACACUGAUAUUUCCAUGCAGUGGUCCAAUGUUGCUCUCUACGGUAGGCUCUGUAUCCAAAAUACCUGGUGUUGGACAAAAAACUACGGAAUUAUUGUUGUCAAACAACAUAAAGACAGUAGAUGAUGUGCGUAGAAUACCUUUGGAAAAUCUGGAAUUGAAAAUUGGCGUUGAUUUAGCGAGAAGAUUGAAGGAUAACGCAGAAGGCAUCGACGACACAUUGGUGAGACCAUCUGGGAAAAGACAAUCUAUAGGCCUGGAAGAUGGAUUUAAAAACGUGUCACUCGUAGCUGAGGUAGAGUCGCGAUUGAGCGCGUUACUAAGAAGAUUAACGGAGCUGGCUAUGGAAGAUGGUAGAAUUCCCAUUGCCAUGAGAAUAACAGUAAGAAAACAAGUCUUGAACAAACCUACUUCCGGCAAAAGAGAAACUAGACAGUGCGCGUUGCCGAAGCAUCUCUUACCGUCUACAAAAAUGGGUGUGUACGAUCAUGCUAAACUGCUGAAGCUUGCGAUGAAGCUGUUCCAUCGAAUUGUUGACGUCUCCAAGCCAUUCCACUUGACGCUGCUGGGAGUUGCGUUCACCAAGUUCGAGGAGAGAGCCAAUGGUCGGAGCAGCAUCACGUCUUUCCUGCGCAAACAGGUGGCCGUCGAUUCCGUAUUGGACAUCAGCUCCGAGGAGGGCAUACCCGAAGCGAAUUUGGGAUCACCUAUGAGUAUUAAUCAAGAUAGCAACGAUAGUUCGGAUCACUCAGCGACCGGCUUGAUAAACAUGUCCGCGUCGAGUCUCUCAUGCUCACCGAUUUCGAAAUCGCCGGGUGUGGCGAAUCAAGGUCCGGAGGACGAUUUGCUGAACGAGGUGGAACCACUGCCGAAGAAGACCAAGCUGGAAGUGUGGCUUAGCGGUCGUCGGGAAUCGCCAAGCAACGAAAUGGCCGAUCUCAGGCUGAGCCCGUCGUCGCCCAUGCAAUUGUCCCCUACGGUGGACGCCGCGGUUUUCAAGACAUUGCCCAUCGAGAGGAGAGAUGUCACUCGUUCUUGGCCCACAACCAGCAAACCGAAACCAAACAAUAUACUUAAAUUCUUCAUAGCUAAUAAGUGACGGAGCUCUGUAACUUAGUAUUAAAUCUCAUCACUUUUACAUACACUCUUUUUAAUCCAUACAAUAUUUAAUGUCAGCACCGCAUACGGAGCGCAUUCUUGUUGUGCGCGUUUUAAUUACUCGCAUUUUUAGACAACAAAAAAACGUGUACGUGUUCAGUUGCAUUUAAAUAUUUAAGUUUAAGGAGAUUUUCACAUAUACACGAUUAAAAUAACGGGCGAUUAAAAUAACGAUAUCAUACCUUUGUAGUAAUUAUCUUUAUGUCACACUUUUUUACAGUAUUUCCAGCAGCAAAAACAAAAUGAAAUUUAUUCCGUCUCCGGUUUAAUUUUAAUAUUUCAUUUUCUUUUAUGUUAGGUUGUGUACAUGUGUAGAAAUAUAUGAUUUUAAUUAACUCAAACGAAACACACACACACAGGAGAGAAACUGUACAGCGUAAAUAAUAUUUCUGUGAAAAUUUUAUUUUUAUUGUUAUUUUUUAUAUCUACAUAUAUAUAUUUAUAAGCAAGGUGCUGGCAUUCAAUGUUGUGACUCACGCGACGAAUGAAAAUUAUAUAUACUUUAAUAUUUUAAGAAGAGAAUUCUAUUUUUAGUACUGUUAAACGUUAUAUAUAUAUAUAUUGGCUUAUUUUAUAAUAUACGCGACAAAUAUCACGAAUUACGUGAGAGAAAUACUCAGUUAAUCCCCGUCAGAAAUGGCGCGGAGCUGCUUUAAGAUAUUAAAACAAAAAAAAAAAAAAACAAAAAAAAACAAGCUAUAUAAAUAUACAUGUGAUUACACGCGAGAAAGAUAUACUCUAGACAAUCAUAAAGUUUUAAUACCGUUUCAGUAUGGUGCACAAUGAUUAUCACAUGCAUACACACACCACACACACAUGACACUUAUAUAUAAGUAAAAAUUAAAAU